CGUUAGGCUGCCUGGCUGUGCAAGUCUGCGGGCAGGAAGUGCCAGCGAACAACGCAACGAUCACGCUCCCCAGUACGGAGACACAGAAAAGGAUACGACAACGUGCAACAUGACAAUAGAAAAACGCAUGUGUUGGAUUACCUUUUUUCAUCCUAGCAAGCUGAAGAUCAAAGGAGCCUGACUCCCCAGAAGCCGCAGACGUAUUGUCAAGUGACGAGUGUUCCCGGUUUGAGGGCGAACACCAAGAGUGGAGACAACUGUCGAGUACAAGGCUGGGGGACUGUUUGAGGAGCCAUGAGAGAAUACAAAGUGGUCGUGCUCGGCUCCGGUGGAGUGGGAAAGUCAGCGCUGACUGUCCAGUUUGUUACGGGUUCCUUCAUUGAGAAGUACGACCCAACAAUCGAGGAUUUUUACAGGAAGGAGAUAGAAGUGGACUCUUCUCCUUCGGUACUGGAGAUCUUGGACACGGCGGGCACGGAACAGUUCGCUUCUAUGAGAGACCUCUACAUUAAAAACGGCCAAGGAUUUAUACUGGUCUAUAGCUUGGUAAACCAACAGAGUUUCCAAGAUAUAAAACCAAUGAGGGACCAGAUUAUCCGUGUGAAACGGUACGAGAGAGUGCCCAUGAUCUUGGUCGGGAAUAAGGUGGACUUGGAAAGCGAGAGAGAAGUCUCUUCCGGCGAGGGCAAGGCGCUGGCUGCUGACUGGAAUUGCCCGUUCAUAGAAACCUCAGCAAAAAACAAGACGUUGGUCGACGAAUUGUUUGCCGAAAUUGUCAGGCAAAUGAACUAUACAUCCGCACCUCACCGAGACGCUAAGUGUUGUUGCGUCGUGUUGUGAAUAUUCUGAUCGUGAAUGCGUAACUACAACACAACUCCCUCAAGAAAACUUUUCUGUUGGAGGGAACAAGCGAUACAUAGUGUCGGGCGCGUCUGGAAGGGUUACUGUAUUGCACAGUCGUAGUCACACAGCAUUACUUGUUUACAUGAAAAAGUACUUGAAUGUUAUUCACACUCAAUGGAAAGACUUCCAUUUUUAUAUCAUGCUUUCUGGCUGCCUAUAUGAAUAAUCUCAAUCUUGUCCGAACAUUGCGAUUAUUAGGAUCAACUUCUGUGAUGGAAAGGGUAAAGAAUCUGUUUUUACACGAUGGGGCGUGCCCACCCCGGGCUCUGAUGUCAAAGGUGUGUAUUUGAAGAUCAGCCAGGACAUUUGAGAGCCUUCAAUGUGUUCAAGGGGAUGUAAGGACUGAUUGGACCCCCCGUUGUUGAUUGCAAGUGGAAUUAGUUGAACACUCACAGUGAGGCGACGAGACGUUCAACUUCGCUGGCUCUUGAAGAGAGCCAUCACAGCACAGUCGCUGGCAUUUCAUUGUUGUGGAAACGAGUACAAACGCCAAAUGUUUCCCAAGAUGUCUCUCAUGGAUCUCUGUCCACACACUCCUCUGCGUUAACAAUCAGGGUUAACGACUGAAUUUAGACUUCGUCACAGACUUUUUUACUUUGUGUUACUUUGGUGACCUGGGCUGAUAGUCAAGUGCCUUAAAAUAUUUUUUGAGUGCCAAUUCUCAGAAUAUCUCCAGUGCCCACUGAUUGUGACGAUCCUCAUGUAGGCUAUUUGGCUAGACAGCAGGCCUAUCCUUUCUAGAUACUUGGAGAUGUGUGGUUAGCCAAAGCUGUUAUAAAAGGAAACUCAUUGGUACUACACUUUUCUGACCAUAAACCAAACCACUUGUCUUUUCUCAGUUGACACUUUUUGUAAAGAAAAAAAAUGUUUUGAAAUGUGUGAUGUGAAAUUGAAAUUCAUUGUAAUAUUUUACCAUAGUCCUGUUCUUUGAGUGACUUUUAAUGCAAAUAGCUUUUUAUAUGAAAAAAAACAGUGUUUUUAGAAUCGUAAGUGAUGGGUUGAGCCAGUGUAUCCAAGAGAAGACAUCGUGUAGUGGUGUCAUUUGAAGGUAGCAUCUGAAAAUGCUAAAUUAUUUUUAGUGCACCACAGCACACUAUUGCUGUCCAGGAAUUCUAGGCUUCGCAUUGUGAUCCAAAGCACAUUUUCUACUUGGGCAGUAUUUUUCAGUAAUGGUUUCUCCCCUUUUUCUGCUGUUUCUAAAUCUGACGAUGUGACUCAUAACCCAUGGCUCUGUCACAGUUUCAUGGCUCUAUGACCAAUAAAAAGUGUUCUGAAAUAAUGUGA